AUGCAUGCUUAUAUAUGGCUCCAUCGGCGCAUCGGACGUGCAGCUGCAGCGUCUCUGCAGCGAACCGGAAGGUGUAUUGAGCCGAACUCCUCGAUUAAUAAUCGCGGCAGCCGGAGCAAGCCACCAUCCAGCCUCGGGAGCGGAUGCUGCGCGUACCGAGCCAUUGCCACCGGAAGGUCGACAUGGAAGCAACAGGAAAAGUACCGUGAAUCUGUAUAUGCAUAG